AUGGACGAACUGUGCUAUUCGAUUGCAACGGAAAAUGACCGUAAAGAGAUACGAGAUUUUCUGAUGAAACAUUUCCUCAAAGAAGAAACCAUGAAUGUGGCGACAGGAAAUGGAGAUAUCGUCGGUGUGGCAGUGAGCACGAUUUAUCGCCGAGAUGAUCCGGAAUUUGUGGAUCCACUUGCAUCCCCACAGCGACCUGAGAUUGCUGCAAUUGGAACGAUAUGCGAAGAUAUACAUCACUCUAUCUGGACUCUACUGCCAGAAAUAGACACUGUUCUCGAAUUAGAUCUCUUGAGUGUCGCUUCUGCUUACCAUCGUCGAGGUAUCGCAGGAAAAAUGCUUGAUAAAAGGAAGUCUCCCGAAUUUCUGAAGAAAUACGGAGUUCAAGGUUUUGUCUGCCAGGCGUCAUCAUAUGCGAACCAAAUGCUUCUAAAGAAACGUAAGGAUCAAGAACUGAUGGAUGUGCCGUUCACUCGAUUCACUAGCAAAAAUGGUGCGCAACUAAUCCAACCGCAAGACGAAACAUUAUCAGUGAAGCUGUUUUGGAAACCGUAUAAUCCUUGA